AUGCAUCCGACUGCCCUUGGACGAGUUUGUUCACUAGUGGUGAUUGCACUUAUUCAGGUAUUUGCCAUAGUGGACUUCAACUUCGAUGAUGAUCCGAACUCUGAUGUACAGUGGUGCUGCAUGGUGGAGCACUCGUUUCCCCAGGAACCGUAUCGUGCAUGCAACGAGCAGUACAAAAAUUCCACCGAAAACAAAGAAACGCUCAUGUGUAUUCAUCAGUGCUACUACAAUGCGAUCGGCAUGUUUUCCAAUGGGGAAAAACUUGAAAUAGACAAGUAUAUCGAGUACAAGGACAGCCUCGAUGCAGCGCUGCAGGAACCAUUUACCUUUGCGCUAGCGAUUUGUGUAAAGAUUACGAAUAAUCUGAUGAAGCGCUUGGCGGCAAGUGCAGUGAAAAUGCGAUGCAGUCCCAUCCCUUACCUGUUCAACCGCUGCUUGUUGGACGUAGAUAUGGUAAACUGUCCAAAAGAUCGGUGGCUAAACUCAAGUUUUUGCGAUGAAUUGACGAAGAGAAUAAAGGCAAAGUACGGUGAGGGCGUGCUGUACAAAUCAUCGCAGUAA